GGCGGGCGCUGAGGCUGCCGGGACGGUGGCAUGGCAGCUUCCGCGGAGCGGGGUUUGGCGAUUGACAUGGGGGAUGCGGCGGCCGGAAGCGAGAGGACUCUGCGGGGCUCGGGGGUGGCGGUGGUGCUGGGGCAGGAGGCCGGCCGGCCCGCUCCUUGCUGCCCGCACGGUCCUACUCUUCUGUUUGUAAAGAUUAGCCAAGGAAAAGAAGAGGGAAGAAGAUUUUAUGCUUGUUCAGCAUGUAGAGAUAGGAAAGACUGCAAUUUUUUUCAGUGGGAAAAUGAAAAGGUGUUAGAAGGUAGACUUUCAGCACGAGAAGGAGUUAAUAGAAGUUGUCAACCCUCUUUGUCACACAGACAGAACGUGGAAAGGUUUAAGCAGUUUGGUCUAUUGCCAUUAUCAAAAAGGAAAUUUUGUCAAGAAUGCCAGCAGUUGCUAUUGCCAAUGGAGUGGGGAAAACACUCUGGCCAUCAAAUACUGAGUGAUCUCUCCAUUGCCCAUUUACAAAGGCCCAGUCAACUUUUGUGUCCACUGAAGAAUAAGAAGACAAAUGCACAGUAUUUGUUUGCAGAUAGAAGCUGUCAGUUUCUGCUGGACCUUAUUAUUGCUCUAGGAUUCAAAAGAGUGCUUUGUGUUGGCACACCAAGGCUUCAUGAGUUGAUCCGAUUAAAAGCAUCACGAGAACAGGAGUCCAGUGUUAAAAGCCUUCUGCUAGAUAUUGAUUUCAGGUAUUCACAGUUUUAUACAGAGGAAGACUUCUGCCACUAUAAUAUGUUUAACCAUUAUUUCUUUGGUGGAGAGGCUGCACAUGAAAUCUGUAGAAAAUUCUUGCAUCAAGAGAAAGGUGAAGGAGUCAUAUUGGUGACUGACCCCCCAUUUGGAGGUUUGGUGGAGCCCUUGGCUUUUAGUUUCAAAAAGCUGAUUGCAACAUGGAGAGAGAUUCAAGAGGAAGAUCACAGUAGCAAAGAGUUGCCCAUUUUUUGGAUAUUUCCAUACUUCUUUGAGUCUCGCAUUCUUGAGUUUUUCCCAAGCUUCAGUAUGAUGGAUUACCAGGUAGACUAUGAUAAUCAUGCACUUUAUAAACAUGGAAAGACGGGCCGUAAACAGUCUCCUGUUCGUAUUUUCACCAACAUUUCCCCAAGUAUGAUAGUACUUCCUGUGGAAGAGGGUUACAGGUUUUGCUCUGUGUGUCAGCGAUAUGUUAGUUCAGGGAACCAGCACUGUGAGAUCUGCAAUUCAUGUACAUCAAAAGAUGGAAGGCGAUGGAAACAUUGCUUUCUUUGCAAAAAAUGCGUAAAGCCCUCUUGGAUUCACUGCAACACUUGCAAUCGCUGUGCUCUUCAGGGUCACACUUGUGAGAGUGCUAAAGCUGUCUGCUUUAUUUGUAGUGGAGCAGGUCACAAACGCAGCACCUGUCCUAAUCUUUCUGUGACUGAAAGAGCUGGCAAAGCUGACAGAAAUCACAGGCUAAAAAAGAACAAGAAGAUAAAAAUGGAUAUCGUUAAAAGAUCAUAUGUGAAGCACGCUACAUUCUCAAGGAAAAAAAUAAAGAACAAGAAAAAGAAAAACAAAAACACUCUUGCCUGUUAAUCUCCAGUUACCUAAAACUGUGAAUGAUUUUACAGCCAACUUUUGCUUCCAUUUUCUGUAAAUGUUUAAUAUGAUCUUUCAGAUAAAAUCUGGUUGAAUUAAAAAUUACUACUUGUAAUUGGCAGUAGGACAAAACUGCUAUACAAGCUGCUCUUUCAAUUUGUGUACAUUUUCAAAUGCAAAAUAGAAAUCGGUGUAUAUACAUUGUAAACCAUGUCUGUGCUAAAAUAAAAAGUGGAAUAAUAUUACACAGGAUGAUUUAAGUUAAAGGGACAGGGAUUUUAAUAGCUUUCAGUUAACUUGGUAUUGACCUUUAUACAAUAACACAUACAUUUUGAUCCUUUUUUACAAACAUUUUCACUCAAAUCUUACACUCUCUCAACACCAUCCACUGUGGCCAUCUGUCUAACAGAUAUCAAGUCAUCCUUUUGUUAUUUAUCUAGUGGUAUGUUGAUUGUCUCACCCGCAGUAAUGGAGACCAGUGCUUUAUAAUUUCUAGAUAACUAUAGAUGUAUGUAGUUUUUAAAUUUUAGCCACAGUGGACACAUUGUAGACAACAAAAAUUCAGAGGAUGUUCUCCAGCUGUUACAAUAUUUUUAGGAUUUUAGUGAUAAACUUAACAAUCGAUUUAUAGAUUCUAAGGUGAGGGACCAUUGUGAUCUUCUAGCCUGACCGCUAUAGCCUGUGCUAUAGAACUUCCCCAAAACAAUUCCUAGACAAGUGCCCCUUGUUAUAAUAUUUUUAAAUCAGGGAUUUUUAAAAAUAGCUAAACUUAAAUGUGUAACCUCAUUUACUAGUGGUGAUGAGUCUGCAGUUCAAGGAAACUCAUACAAAUUAUUCUUGAUUCUGUGCUAGACAUGAAUAUAACAAAUUCAGAGGAAAAUGAAAUGAGAAAUGCAGAGUCUUUUUAUAACUGUACUUGUUUGAUUCAAGAAAUUGAUUUUCUACUUAGUAUUAAAUAUCAAAGAUGUCA